AUGGCUGAACCUUCUGGUGGAGGAUUUGGGUCACCCCAACGGCAUCAUGUCGGAGAACACUGGAGUGGUGCCAACCCUGUUCCGACGGUUCAAAAAUUCAUCGAACACCUCGAUGAGGAGAAGAAGGAGCGGGAUUUGAGAAUUGAUGAAGAGAAACGACGAAAGGCCGAACGAUCAAGACAGCAACAAUGGGAGGAUACUCGUGGGAAGCAACAUUCUGUGGGCCAGGGCGAUGCGGUUGCUCACAAGGCGCGCGAGGUCUCCCAGGCCAAGGUGCGCACCGUGACUGAUCCCACUACUGGUAAAGAGAUUGGGGUUGAAGAUCAGGAUGAGACAUCUAUGGAGACAGUCAAAAAUCCAAUGUUGACCGUGCCCAAUGCUAAUAUUGGAGAGCCGACUGAGGUGAAAACCAGUCAUGACCAAGAAUUCUCAGAAUAUAAAGAAAAGCAGGACAUCACUGCACCCCCCGAUCCUAUCGCUGAAGGAACAACAUCCGAUGUGCCCAUUCGUGGCGAGAAGACUAAUGUGCUAUUCCACCCCACACCGACAGUCACUUAUGAACCUAUGUUCAAGGCAUUGGAAAAGCGUGCAGCAGGGCUAUGCAUUGGUAUUUCCGUUGCUAUCAUUGUCCUCGGUCGAACUUUUGGCGGCUCUCUUUGGGGCCUUAUCCCUUUGGCUGCAUGCAUUGCUAGUGGAGUAUGGUUAUGGGUAGGAGAGGUCAUUCGGAGUGGCAAAGAUAUGGAAUGGAGUAGCGAGCAGCUACGUGGACAGACCGCCACCGCAAAUCUUCUUCCAGAGUCCGUGGAGUGGAUGAACUCCUUCCUCAACGUAGUUUGGGGUCUCAUGAAUCCCGACAUGCUAAUUCCAAUGGCCGACACAAUCGAGGACAUCAUGCAAGCCUCCGCUCCAAGUGUGGUUGAAAAUGUUCGCAUCGCCGAAAUUGACCAGGGCAACAACCCGUUCCGUAUUCUCAGCAUGCGUGCCCUCCCAGACGGACACGUUAAGGACCUCAAGGAGAACAUUCACCAAUCAAACUUGAAAAAUAAAGAUCCCCAAGAAGCCGCAGCUACCGAGGAAGGAGGUAGCUAUUACAACAUGGAGGCCUCAUUCGCCUACCACGCGAAGCCGAGCGGCGGAACAGCUUCCUCAAAGGCUCGCAACAUGCACAUGCAUCUUGUCUUCUAUCUCGGUAUCCGUGGUCUAUUUGGUAUCCCAUUCCCCGUCUUUGUCGAACUCACCGAACUAGUCGGUACUGUCCGACUGCGUCUCCAGAUGAUGCCCGAGCCACCCUUCGCUAAGGACCUCACCUUCAGCUUGGUCGGAAUUCCCCACGUUAAAGCGGGUUGUGUACCCAUGAUCCGUCGCGGAGUCAACAUCCUCAACUUGCCUCUUAUUUCCAAUUUUGUGAAUUACGCCAUUGGUGCCGCUUGCUCCAUGUUUGCAGCGCCAAAGUCCAUGACUAUGGAUCUGAGCAUGCUGCUGAAGGGCGACGAUAUCCACAAGGAUACCAUCGCGCUAGGUGUUAUGUGGAUCCGCAUUCACCGGGCUAUUGGCCUGAGCAAGCAAGACCGUCGCGGUAGCGAAGGCGGUGGUAGUGAUCCGUACAUCAACCUGUCUUUCUCUAAAUACGGGAAGCCAAUGUACUGCACCCGUGUGAUCACGGAUGACCUCAAUCCUAUCUGGGAGGAAACUGCCGCGCUCCUUGUCACACCGGAGUUGAUCAAAGCGAACGAGAAUCUUAGCAUUGAACUCUGGGACUCUGACAGGAAUACCGCGGAUGAUAUUGUGGGUAAAGUCGAGCUGCCUAUCCGGGAGAUGCUUCAGCAUCCGGGCAGAAUGUUCCCACAGGUUUCUAAGCUGCAGGGUCUUGAUGAGGGCACUGAGAUGCCGGGUCAGUUGCAUUGGGAGGUUGGAUACUUUGGGAAGCCAAAGAUACGUCCUGAAUUGCGGACAGAUGGACAGAAGAAAGAUCUUCCUGAGAACUUGAAGGGAAAUCCCACCUUCGAGGAUGAAAAGGGAACUAUCAAUAAUGACGAAGAGGAUGCCGUUGUGCAUACACCUCCUGAUCCUAUCUGGCCCAGCGGCAUUGUACAUGUUGUCGUGCAUCAGAUUGUCAAUCUCCAGCUUGCCAAUAUUAAGGGCAGCGAUGGAAAUCGCAAGGGUAAAGAAUAUGAGCCUGCGAAGCCUUUUGGUGAGAAUACGGAAGAAGAAGGUGGUAAUCUGCCUACAAGUUACUGCAAGAUUUUGCUCAACGAUCAGCUGAUCUACCGCACCCGACCCAAGGCUGUUAGUUCCAAACCAAUCUUCAACGCCGGAACAGAGCGAUUCGUCCGUGACUGGCGCUCCGCCGUUGUCACAGUCACCGUUCGCGACCAGCGAUACAGAGAACACGACCCAAUUCUGGGCGUAGUGCCCAUCAAACUAUCCGACAUCUUCCAAACCAGCUCCCAAGUCACCCGCUGGUACCCUCUCGACGGAGGCAUUGGCUUCGGACGUAUUCGCAUCUCCCUUCUCCUGCGCCACGUCGAGACCAAGCUCCCACCCUCCAUGCUAGGCUGGGACGUCGGCACCUUCGAGUUCACCGCCGACAAGGUCGUCGCCAAGGACUACGGGCGUAUCGCCAAGAUCAAGAUGCGCACCGGCGGCAGCACAGGCAAGAUCACACGACACAAGGCGCACACAGAAGGCAACGACGUCAUCUACGACACCUCGGACGAGAGCUUCCGCGACACACUCCGUCUCCCCGUAAAGCACCGCUACAGAUCGCCCGUCGUCUUCGAGUUCCACACCCAAGGCAAGCGCGGCUCGGCCGCCUACGCCAUCCUCUGGCUCCAGCAUCUAGUCGACAACGAAGACACAGACAUCGACAUCCCGAUCUGGACAACCAAGAGCGGCGCCCGAUUGACGCAAAACUACAUCACGGAAGAGAACUGGCGUGCAAAGGAAGUGCCCGGCCUGCAGGACCUGACGACCGUCGGCCGCCUGCAAUUCAAGUGCCGCUUCUCGCCCGGCAUCGACGAGUCGCACGAGCAAUUCGUCAUCGACAACGACUCCCGCGAGACCUUCGAGACCUGGGAAGCAUGCGUCUCGCAGGGCGUGCGAACGCGCAGCGUGUCGAUCGAGGUCCCCGAGGAAGUCGAGCAGAAACAUGAACAGAGCCUGAUCGACUCACGGGACGUGCUUAAGAACGCCCCGCCGGAUGAGCGGCGGCAGUGGAUUGAUCGUGAAGGCCACGAUUGGAGCGGUGCGUUUGGGCACGAUCCGCGCGCGUACACGGAUUCCGUGGGGCGGAAGGUCGCGGAGCCGGGUAAGGAUGUGCCGCCUCAUGACCCUGUUACGCCGCCUCCGUUGAAGGGGCAGCCGUCUGUUCGGCGGAGCACAGGGGGUGGUGGUGAGAAUGGGCACGAGCAUGGGGAUGACGAUCAGGACUCCGUGUCAGAUGACUCUGAUCAGGAUUCUGAUCAGGAUUCUUACCAGGGUCCGUCUACUGUUAGUGGGAGCUCGGCGACGGCUAGUUCGUCGAGGAGCAUGGAACAGACGAAUAAGGCGUUCCAGCGCAGUGAGCAGCGUCAGCAGCGUGGGAUGAUGCAAUGGCGGCCGGCUAGAAAUGCGGCUUUCGUCAAGGAUGAGGCUAAGUUCGCGCUUAGGAAGCUCAAGAAAAAGGUUGGGGCUGGUGGGCUUACGGGACGUGAGCCGGAUGUUGAGACGGAGACCUAA